AUGGCAUCAGGUCAAGAGAGAAGGUCGGACUUGGACGCCAAGGCCAAAGAAGGGGAGACCGUCGUGCCUGGUGGCACAGGGGGCAAAAGCCUGGAAGCACAAGAGCAUCUUGCUGAAGGAAGGAGCAAGGGAGGGCAGACUCGAAAGGAGCAGCUGGGGACAGAAGGCUACAAGGAGAUGGGCACCAAGGGAGGUGAGGCUCGGAAGGAGCAGCUGGGGACCGAAGGGUACAAGGAGAUGGGCACCAAGGGAGGUGAGGCUCGGAAGGAGCAACUGGGCACCGAAGGGUACAAGGAGAUGGGAAGUAAGGGUGGGGAGACUCGUAAGGAGCAGAUGGGGAGUGAAGGGUACCAUGAAAUGGGACGUAAAGGUGGUCUGAGUACUAAAGACAAGUCUAGUCAAGAGCGUGUUGAGGAAGAAGGUAUCGAGAUCGAUGAAUCCAAAUAUCGAACCAAGACCUGA